UGGAAAGAGGGUGGAUAGGAAAGGGAACUAGGAAGGAACUACUGGAGAUAUCCAAGACCGAAAAUUUUCCAAGACUCGAGACCAAGACUACGCCCCAAGACCGAAAAAACCCAAGAAAAGCCUUGAGUCACGAACUAUCUCGGUUCCAGGUAGUUUCAAAAGUUAAAAGUUCGGUGGAAGGGGAGGAAUGUGGAGAUCAGGGGUGAGCGCAAAAGGGAAUAGUGAAAAACGCAAAAAGCAACGCAAGGCCAAAAAUAACGCAAAUAACGCAAUGCGCUCACCCCUAGUGGAGGUUGGGAAAAAAAAGAGUGGAGGUUGGAAGGCUUAUCAGCUAAACAAAAAACUAAAAAAACUACUAUAUUAUUCACAAAUUUCUUUUAAAAAAUUCCAAAAGUUUACUACAUAUUUCUUAAAAGCUGUGUUUAUGACUCAACCGGCAUUUUAUUUUAAUUUUAAAGCUAUUAAUGUGCAGGCACGCGAGCAUUUUACAUUUACAUACAAGUUAGAGAAAAAUAAAAGAGAAGAGAGUGUAUGUGUUGAUGACAUUAAAUAG